AUGAGCAGGCAGAAGGUUUACCUGGAUAAACUCGCUCGCACCUUCCAGAUCCGAAACAAACUCCUACGGCAGGGGCUGGCAGAAUGCCUGGGCACCCUUAUCCUGGUGAUGUUUGGCUGCGGCGCUGUGGCUCAGCUGGUUCUCAGCGGUGGAUCACACGGCAUGUUCCUCACUGUUAACUUCGCCUUCGGCUUCGCCGCUACCCUGGGAAUCUUGGUCUGCGGCCAGGUGUCAGGUGGACAUUUGAACCCAUGUGUGACUUUGGCUCUUUGCCUUCUGGGAAGAUCCAAAUGGAGAAAAUUCCCGGUUUACUUUGCCUUCCAGACACUUGGUGCCUUUUUGGGAGCAGCAAUCAUUUUUGGCUUGUAUUACGAUGCUCUAUGGGACUUUGCUGGAACUGAGCAGCUUGUUAUUGAGGGACCCAAGGCUACGGCUGGAAUCUUUGCCACCUAUCCCGGCAGACAUCUUACCAUCGUCAAUGGUUUCUUUGACCAGAUGAUUGGUACAGCUGCACUAAUUGUUUGCAUCCUGGCCAUUGUGGACCCAUAUAACAAUCCCAUUCCACCCGGUCUGGAGGCCUUUACUGUGGGCUUCUCUGUGCUGGUCAUUGGCCUGUCCAUGGGCUUCAACUCUGGAUAUGCAGUCAACCCUGCCAGAGACCUGGGUCCUCGAAUCUUCACCUCCUUGGCUGGUUGGGGACCUGGCGUCUUUACGUAA